AUGGUAUCCAUGUGGCUUUAAAAUGGUAAAAGAAAAUAAGUGAACAUGAAAAAAACAAUAUUGUAGUCAUUAAAAGAAAAAAGAAACCAUAUAAUAUAAGUUUUUGCAUAUAAAGAAAAAAAAUGUGUUUUUCUUGUAAUGGAACUUGGAGAUACAACUAAUUUAAAAAUGUUGCCUGAUAAAAGGAAGACUUGCUUGGAAGUAAAUAUGUUUUCUUAUUUUAGAUGGCUAAAGGUGUUUUUGAAUUACAUCAAUUAAGAUUUUUUCAUAGAGAUUUGAAACCAAAUAAUUUUGUUGUAAGAAAAGAUGAGAAAAUCAAAUUGAUAGAUUUUGGAAUCGCCAAAACUAUUGCUGAGGAAUUUCAAACUUAAGGUAAAGGAAAAUAUGUAUAUAUGGCACCUGAAGUCUAUUUCAAAAAUGUUUAUGAUGAUAUAUUAUGA